AGUACACGCAUGGCGUAUAUUUCAUAGAGUGAAAUUGACAGCUAAGUUUUCCAAGUUACGACGAGGAUUUGUGCAUGAUAUGUGAUUAUCAUGGCCUAGUCUAUAUAUCAGAAUUGAACUAUUGUUCCAAUUAUUCAAGGGACGCAAGCGAAACUUUGCUCUAAUUAGUCAGAUUGGCACUAAACUUCAAGCACGUGUUACUGACCGCGGGAUUGUUUUGGUUUUAUUCAACAUGGCUUAUAUCGUGUGAGAUAGGUUUCUUCAAGGAAGAACUUGGUUACUUUGUUAAUUACUUGUGUUUGGAAUAACAUAGACUUUUCAAACUCCAGGGAUUAACAGCAUAAAAAUUGUUUAUAUUGAUGUAUUGAUGGCCUGAAAUGAGUGAAACCAGCAUUGUCUGUAUGAAAAAUCCAAUCACCAUGGAUCCUGGGCCAUUGGAUGGGAAGAGAUCCAUUUCCCCCGAUCCAGAAACAGAUCAAGAGGUGAAGAGAACGAGAUUAGAAAAAGAUUCUGGAGUAUAUGACAGCAUAUCAUCAAACAAUACAAGAUUAUCAGAGUUGCAACCCUUACCGAGUCCAGGUAGUUUAUUGGACAGUUCAAACGGGUCACCAUUGACUACCACCUCAUCACUACCACAGACAUUGGAUACCUCGACAAGUGUUUCCUUAACAACCAAUGGUAAUACUGAUGGCCCUUUGGGAUUAUCAACUGCAAGUGAUGGAACCGUUUUUAAUUCAACUAAAUCGUGGGUUAUGUCCGAUGUAAAUAAUUCUUCUUCAAUUGUGAUAAAAUCGGAACCCACCCUCGACACUAGUUCCCCUGAUUCACCUUUCACUUCUGCUAGUGAUCUUGAACAACUUACAGGAGAUCCAAAUAAAUCUUCGCCUUCAUACCCAAAUUCAACUUUCCCUACAAAUUAUUUUAGUCAAGAAAAUAGUAAUAGUGACAGUGCAAGUCAGCAAAGUAACAUAACAGCAGUUACAAGUACAGCCGACAAUAUGAACGCCUAUAUGGGACCGAGUCAGAAUAGUACGUUCAUGCCGGCAUAUGCCUACCCUGGCACACAGACAGGCUAUGGAAUGGCAUCAUCUGGUUUUACUACAGAUAUGCUAAAAGGUCAAAUUAAGGCUCAAACGAGUCAGACCACUGCUCCAACAUGGGGAUACCCUUCAAACUCUGGUUAUUACGGAGCUAAUAAUCCAAAUAAUCCUUAUGCAGCAAAUUCUGUUGGAUAUACCACACAAGCAGGUAUGGAAGGGCUGUUUCCAAAUUAUCCAGCACCAGCUCAAGGAUUCUAUACUCAAUAUCCAGGUUAUAUAUCUAGCCCUUCAGUUACCACAUCAUCUACAGUGCCUUCACAAACUUAUCAACUGUCCGUUCCCCCCUCCUCUACUACAGCAGAAUCAAAUUCUAUUUCCAGUGAUCAGCAACAACAACAGUAUAACAGCCAUCAUAUAACCAGCCCCUCCCCACCAUUACUAGAAAAAGGUACUUGUCAAUCAAGAAAUAGAGGUCAGCGUUCCUCAAGAGGUCGUUCCCGUGCCCAGCCGUCCCCUGGUCCGGAAACAGAUUUAGAACGAGUAUUUAUUUGGGAUUUGGAUGAAACCAUUAUAGUAUUUCACUCUCUAUUAACAGGAUCUUAUGCACAGAGAUAUGGCAAGGAUGCUCCACAAUCUGUAUCUCUGGGUUUACGGAUGGAAGAAAUGAUAUUUAAUCUUGCCGACACCCAUCUAUUCUUUAAUGAUUUAGAGGAAUGCGAUCAAGUUCAUAUAGAUGAUGUAUCUUCAGAUGACAAUGGACAAGAUUUAAGCAAUUAUAAUUUUGCAACGGAUGGUUUUCAUGCCGCAGCAAACAACGCUACAUUGUGUUUAGCUACUGGUGUACGAGGAGGUGUAGAUUGGAUGAGAAAAUUAGCAUUUAGAUAUCGAAGAAUGAAGGAAAUAUUUAAUACUUAUAGAAAUAAUGUGGGAGGAUUACUGGGUCCUCAGAAACGAGAACAGUGGCUGCAGCUUCGACAAGAAAUUGAACAGUUGACAGAUAAUUGGUUGACGAUGGCUCUUAAAUCAUUAUCAAUAAUUAAUUCAAGAUCAAACUGUGUAAAUGUAUUAGUAACAACAACCCAGUUAGUACCUGCUUUAGCCAAGGUUUUGCUGUAUGGUCUAGGAGGUGUCUUUGAUAUAGAUAACAUCUAUAGUGCUACAAAAAUAGGUAAAGAGAGUAGUUUUGAGAGGAUUGUAUCCAGAUAUGGGAGAAAAUGUACCUAUGUUGUCGUUGGUGAUGGAAGGGAUGAAGAGACGGCUGCUAAACAGAUGACGUGGCCAUUUUGGAGAAUAUCAAAUCAUUCCGACCUUGCAGCUCUACACCAUGCCCUGGAUUUAAACUACCUCUAGAAAAUCCAGCCAAUUAUAGGCUUUGUUACAUAUACAACCAAUCAGAAUAGAGAUAACAAUUUAUCAUAUUUUUUAAAAGUAUUCAGUUUCAACCAAAGAACAUAUUAAACAUAUAUAGAUAUCAAUCAUCUGAUGAGAUUUCUCAAAGCAAGUGUUACUUUCAUCCAAUGGAUGGCCUUGUUACAUAAUAACCCAAUGACUUAACCAUUGAUUAUGUUAAUCAAGAGUGAAAUGGACGCUAACUUGAAAACCUCCGUUAAAAUAGUGCUUAGGGUUAUUUCUACAUUCAGAUUGAAAAGUGCAUCCAUAUUAUGCGGUAUUAUUCAAGUAUGGAGAACAUAUCUAAUGCAAGCCAGAAUUUUAUCCAAACAGAAGAGAUUACAAUGCUGUGGAUUGUUGAACUCAUUGCAGUGUGUGGCGUCUUAGAAUUAUACGACAAUCAACAUCAUGGCCAUUUGUAACAGACUUUAUUAUUGGAUGUUGUGAAAUAAUAUGGAAAAUUGCUACACAAGACUUAAAAUUCCAUGGAGAAAAUAAAACUGGAACCACUAGCCAGCGAUUUUGAAUUUCUUUUUUAAAGUUUGAUUGGAUGACUCUUGAAAAUAAAACGGAAUGGUUACCAUGGAAACCAUUAGAAGAAAGGAUUCUGUGAUUGGUUAAAAGAAUAUCUGAAUUGGUUACCCGAACCAGAGAACUGGUUAAAGAAAACCGUGUUUUGAUUGGUUACAGAGAUUGGUUCUGGCCAUAAAAACAAAGUAAACUGGGAACAAAGAUUAAAAAUAUGUUAAAAUAUUGGAUGGUGAAUAUUUGAAUAUAUAUUAAAGAUCAGUUUGUGUGUGCAAUGAUAUUUACCAUUAAAAUUUAAUUUUUUUUUCUUAGUUCCAGAAUUGUAGUUUUUAAAUGUCAAGGUCAUAUAUAUGACCAUGUCAAGGUCCUGAGAAUGACCUUGAACUAUCAUUCCCCUUUAUGGAUGUGUUAUAAUCUGACUGCUAUAUCAAGAAUGUCUGCAUCACCCUAGACUUAACAAGUGAUUAAUUUUAAACAUCAGCAUUACUGAAAUAUAUUGAUAGCAGAAACGAUGGCAGUAAUAGAGAGAAUAUAGAACCCUUAUUAAAAUAUAUAUAUAUUUAUGAUGUAUAUUUUAUCUUAUAUAAACCGUAAAUAACACACAUUAUACUAACAAUGUACUCUUAUUUUAUUUCUCAAAUAUAGUUUAAAUUUAAAUCGGAAAUUAGGUGUGAAUAUUCUGUUGGUCCUAUCUACUUAGCGUCUGCGACGUCGAAGUUUAAAAAUUGAAUUAGUCACAUAAAUAAUUACAGAUUUGGGGAUAGACUUCAUAGAUAUGUAUUUAGUAGAGCAUGAUGUGUCAAAUCUCUGUUAUCAAUUACUGUAAGACCAAUUCUGUAAAACCCCUGUGAUCUCUUUCCCUCAGAUCAAUGCCACUCUUUAGGCUCACAUGAAAGUUUGUUAGUUUCAUAUUUCUUUGAGUGUAAACUUGACAUAGCAUUCCACUUUUACUAAUUAAUAUUAAUUAAUGAAUUAUUUUAACUAAUCUUCUUUUAUAUCUCAUAGAUAAUUAUUUUAGCUCAACAUUUUUUUAAACAAUUAGUUUGUGUGUGCUUCUCCUGUGUGAAGAUAUUUGUAAUUUUGAUAAUAAAAAAAAAUCUCACAUUUAAAAUAAUUGUUAUUCGUUUACAUAUUGUAACUGAUCUUGUUAAAACCGAUUUCCAACUUCAACAUGUGGUCAUUAUCAAUAGUUAUAAGUCAACAUGAAUUUCAGUGUACAAUUUGAUUAAUACAGUGCACAAUUAUUGCCGUUUGUACAACAAAUGCAGCAUUCAUUUUGUUAUUCAUGACAGUUUAUGUGAUGCAUUAUUUGUCAUUUGGCUUCUAGUUUGAUAAAUAUUUAAAAUUAAAAGAAAUUCAUUGAUUCUCAUUGUAUGUGUAAAAAGCAUUUUAAGCUUUCAUGUGAUGUAUUUGUUUUGUCAUUGGCUUCAUUGUACAGCUUUUUAAGAAUUUGAAAUUUAAUGAGUUUAUUACAUUUUAAUUUUAAAUUGCUAUAUUAAUAGUGUAUCACACCUCAAGUAAUUCAAAAGAUAUUUUUAUUAUUGAAUGUUGCAAGUCAGAAAUGUUCAAACAAACCGUCUGAGAUGGCUGGAACUCUUCAACAUAGUCUGUGAAAUCAUUCAAAUUAUGUACUGCUAGAUCUAUAUUUUUAAAAUGUAUGUGAUGAUUUUCCCCCAUGUUUUAGAAAUAAAAAGCAAAUGAAAGAAAUUGUGAUGACUGGUAUUACAAAGGAUAAAACAGUUGUUAUAAUAUUUAAAAUGUCUUUCGGCUACUCCAUUUGUUAUAAAUGAAGUUUCAUAGUAGCAAAGGAGAUUCUGUUAAAUUGUGCAUGCUGUAUGCUUAUAUACAUGUACUUUGCUCUGUCCGUAGAAGAUUUCUUAAGUUUUCUUCAGUUUUAUUUAAGGAAGGCAAUGGUAGAUUAUAAACAGUUUCCUCAAUAAUCACAGCUCUUUGUGUUAUGAACAGACAAUCCACAAAGUAGCUGAUUGUCUGCAUAUAUGUUGCACAGUGUAUAACCAAUAAAAGGGCUUGCAAACAGGAAGCAAAGCAAAGAUGACUGCAAAUAUUAACUUAUUAAUCUCUCAGGGAUGUUGGUAGAAAUUUGACAGUGCUAUUGAAUGAAAAUUAUGAGAUUUCCGCUAAAGAAACCCCUGGUUUUUUUUUUAACCCCUCUGUCACUUUCUAAUCACAUCCCUGUACAUUACAGUGUGUUGUCACUUUCUAAUCAUAUCCCUGUACAUUACAGUGUGUUAUCUAUUUAUUUAAUAUAUUUUUGAAUCACAAAGAUAUUUCAUGUUGGUUUUUUCCACCCCAGGAAAUAAAUCUUGCUUUAGGUUGAGCUGGUUUCAUAAAAUGAUUAAAAUACCUGACCCUGUAUUCAUUUUAAUUAUCAAAGUAUCGUCAUCAAUCGUUUCGUACUUUUCAUCUUGUUAGUUAAUGUGUGUUCAUGGUUUUAAUGAAUUUUGUUUUGUAUAAAAUAAAAGUAUUCGGUCAAAUCCCUUAAGUUUAUCUGACCUCGAACUUGAGUUAUGACAUCAAGUUCACCUUGACCUGAGUAAUCAGUUAACUUUAAUAAGAAAGGGUUAAUGUGAACUUUGUGUUUUCGUUGACUUGAUAUAUAUAUAAUAUAUGUAUGUAUUCUGUGUGAACUGUUUUAACAAAUUAUUAUUGAGUACCAUUAUCCAUCCUACUACUGUAUUUUUUUGUUUGUCCAUAUUUGGGUGCCAUUUUGACCAUUGAUAGAGCAAGUCUUGUACAAAAUAAAGAUUACCAGGUAAACAACA